AUGGGUGCUUAUUGUGCUCCUGGACUGGGUACUUAUGGUACUCCUGGAAUGGCUGAUAUUAGUAGUGCUGGAAUGAGUGCUUAUUGUGCUCCCGGACUGGGUGCUUACGGUACCCCUGGAGUGAGUGCUAUUGGUGCUACUGGACUGGGUGCUUAUGGUACUCCUGAAAUGAGUGCUUAUUGUGCUCCUGGAAUGAGUGCUUAUUGUGCUCCUGGAAUGGGUACUAUUGGUGCUGCUGGAAUGGGUGCUUAUUGUGCUUCUGGAAUGGGUGCUAUUGGUGCUACAGGACUGGGUGCUUAUGGUGGUGCCUUAGUUGGUGGCAUGGAUCCAUGUUCUUUAGUUUGUCCACCAGCUAUACCAUGUCAUUUUCAAGUGCCUCCGGGAAUAGAAUGUCCUCCAUCAACUAUUAGUCAUAAGGUUCCAUAUCCAGUACCCGUACCUGUUCCUGUACGCGAAUGUAUACAUGUGCCACAACCUUGUCCAGUUCCUGUACCAGUUCCAGUUCA